ACAUGAGUGAGACACCUGAGGGCGGAUCCGCACCUGAGUCGACAAGGUCCAAGCUUCUGACCCACAUCGAAAUAUUUGCUAGUCAGCUGACUGUAGCUCUCUCUCUCUCUUACUAAUCAAAACAAGAUGAAGUUAACUGUGUUACUCAACUUGCUCCUCUUCUGUCACGUUGCAUCUACAGUGAAACACUCCCUGAAAUAUUUCCUUACUGCAACUUCUGGAGUCCCAAACUUCCCAGAGUUUGUAGGUGUUGCGAUGCUCGAUGAAGUGCUGAUGGGUUACUGUGACAGCAACAACAUGACCCCAGAACUCAAACAGGACUGGAUGAGGAAACUAGCAAAGGAUUACCCACAAGACCUGGAGUGGUAUUCUCAUGAGUGUUUUGAUGACCAGCAGUUCUUCAGAGCCCACUUGGACAGCCUGAAGCAGCGCUUAAACCAAACUGGAGUGAAACACUCCCUGAAAUUUUUCUCUACUGCAACUUCUGGAGUCCCAAACUUCCCAGAGUUCGUGGCUGCUGCGAUGGUCGAUGAAGUGCAGAUGGGUUACUGUGACAGCAACACCAAGACCCCAGAACUCAAACAGGACUGGGUGAGGAAACUAGCAAAGGAUGAGCCACAACAACUGGAGUGGUAUUCUCUUCAGUGUUCUGGUAGCCAGCAGUUCUUCAGAGCCAACUUGGACAGCUUGAAGCAGCGCUUAAACCAAACUGGAGGUGUCCACAUUUUACAGAGGAUGAGCGGCUGUGAGUGGGACAACGAGACUGGAGAGGUUGUUGGUUUUAAUCAGUACGGUUAUGAUGGAGAAGACUUCCUUCUGUUGGACCUGCAGACGCUGACAUGGACCGCUCCAACACAACAGGCCUUCAUCACCAAACGUAGAUGGGAUAAUGACAAAGCUAGAUUAGAAUACAACAAACACUACCUCAUCCACAUAUAUCCUGACUGGCUGAGGAAGUACCUACAGUAUGGGAGGAGCUUUCUGCAGAGAACAGAGCGUCCCUCAGUGUCUCUCCUCCAGAAGACUCCCUCCUCUCCAGUCAGCUGCCACGCUACAGGUUUCUACCCCGAUAGAGCCGUGAUGUUCUGGAGGAAAGAUGGAGAGGAGAUUCAUGAGGACGUGGACCUCGGAGAGAUCCUCCCCAACCACGAUGGAUCCUUCCAGAUGAGUGUUGAGCUGAACCUGUCAUCAGUCGCACCUGAAGACUGGAGGAGGUACGACUGUGUGUUUCAUCUCUCUGGUGUGGUGGACGACAUCGUCACCAGACUGGACAAAGCAGUGAUCAGGACCAACUGGAUUCCUCCAGCAGGGUUCCCUGAUGGUCCUGUUAUUGGAGUUGUUGUAGGACUGCUGCUGCUGCUGCUGGCAGUCUGCAUCGCUGGACUCUUCAUCUGGAGGAGGAACAAUAACGGGUUUCGCCCUGCUAACACGGGGCAGUGAACAUAGAAGAGGAUGCUGAACUCCACAACUUAUCGUCUCAGAGGACUUUACAAUCUGUACAACAAAUGGCGUUCUCUACCCUUCAUUUGGAUAAAGAAAACCCCCCAAACUCAUUUAAUAAAUCUCUCUAAUGAGAGCUGCUCAUCUGAUUGGCUGCCAUACUGAAGGAGAGAAGAAGUGUUCGGAUGGACUUGCAUUUAUAUAGCACUUUUCUAGUCUUCCAACCACUCAAAGCUCUUUACACUACAUGUCAGCAGUCACCCGUUCACACACACACAUUCAUACACUGAUGGCAGAGGCUGCUAAGGUGCCAACUUUGCCCAUCAGGAUCUAAUCUAAAUACUCAUUCACUCACCGAUGGCUAUGCCUUUGGGAGCAAUUUGGGGUUAAGUGUCUUGCUCAAGGACACAUCGACACGUGACCGGAGCAGCCGGCUGAUCUACAUCUAUUUCGAAUUAUUUAAGUCUGUUUUUCUGCUGAUCUGCUCCUAGACCCAUCCUGGUCAAGUUCUUACAUUUCCAGGACAAAGUGAGGAUUUCACGUCUGGCCAGGGAGAGAAAGGAGCUCACCUUUGAUCAAUAAACGCCGGCAGUUUGAUGCUGUCAAAAAGAAACAUUGUGCCGCUGAUAUCAAAUACUCUCUGCUGUAUCCUUGCACGCUGAGAGUGAUGGUGGAGGGAAAGCCAAAACUGUUCCGCUGUCCCGAGGAAGCUGGGACUUUUUUUCCGAGACCUCUCCUCUUCCCCAUGACAGUACUGUGAGUAGAUCAUCCUGCAAGUUGACAACCUCCUAAUUUUGUUUGCCUGACUGAUGUUAAGUUCUUUUCUCCUGGAUCACGUCACGUGACUGGAACAUUGACUUUAUUAUUUCAGUAACUUCAGCUUAUUUCCUUUAUUCUGUCAUUUGCAAACAAUAAUUUUACUUGCAAACUUUAUUUUGUGUAGCCUACUAUGUGAGAACGCCAAGGGGCGUGAGUCAAUGUUUGCCAUAAAUUGUGACGCCAGUGGCGUCAGUUCCAGUAGACUGUCAUAAUGACGCAAUGUCGCAAACUAACCACUGUUGUAAACCAUGGAAUAUUGAACGUUUGCUAACUUCUGCCUUUUCAUGAAAUGAAAUGGCCCUCUUUCUUUUGUUACCUACACUUUCUUUUUUUCUCUCAUUGUGAAUAUCUGAGGCCAUGUAUAUUUUUAUUUUCAUAUGAAUAUAAUCCACAUGCUUUUUGGAUAAUAUAGGCCUAUUUUAUUUGACUUAAGCAGGGCCCUCCUUUUGUGCACAUAUGUAUAUGUAGCAGUCUGAGCCUGUGGCUAUUUGCUCUAUUUUAGUUUACUUGCCACUCAUUUCCUUUUAUGUUUUUCAUUUGUGUGAGUGUGGGUGUGUGUGUGUUUGUCUGUCUGUCAUGCUUGCUGCUCCACCUCACCCCCAUCACCUUCUCCUUCACAACUCAGUUUUCUGACCUGCUGUUUUUAUUUUUUCUAUAGGUACAAUUGAAUUAGUUAAAGGUUUAAAAGUUAUUCAUCUUAAUAUUAGAAGCCUUAUUUAAAAAAUCGAUCUCCUCAGAGCCUGGGUUACUCUUUACAAACCUGAUAUUAUUACUAUUUCUGAAACUUGGCUACACAGUAGAAUCACUUAUAAUGAAAUUAAAAUUGACAACUUAGUCCUGUAUAGAGCUGAUAGGGAUUCUCGAGGAGGUGGAGUGGCCACAUAUGUUGCUGCAAAUCUUGUCUCUGAGUGUGUCAUUCCUAACAUAGAGCCAGUUAAUUUUGAAUGUCUUUUCAUUAACAUUAAACUAAACAAACAUUUAACUAUUUGCUUACAUUUAUAGGCCUCCCUCUGCUCCGACUGACUCUACUAAGUGUAUAUUGUCAACUAUUAAUUCUCUUGAGAGGCAUAAUGAAAUGAUUACCUUGGGUGACUUCAAUAGUAACUGGCUUGAUCGUUUCUCCUCUAAUGAUAGAAAUUUAUUUGGUAGUUUAAACCUUACUCAGUUAAUCAACGAACCUACUAGAGUGGAUUAUCGGUCUUCAUCUUUGUUGGAUUGGAUACUUGUCACUAAUCCUGAAAGGAUCAUUAAAUCUCCUAUGGUACAGCUAGUUCCUCAAACCUUAUUAUUUCCACUGGUUAAUUUUCCUUUAGAAAAAUCUUGCCUGUUGAUGUUUUUUAUGCUAUAUGUGAGUUAAAGAAAGCAGUACAGCUGGUCCAGAUGGUUUGGAAGCCAAAUUUGCUAAACUUGCUGCUCAUGUAUUAAUGUACCCCCUUGUAGAUUUAUUUAACUUGUCUCAGUCUACUUGUUCAAUUCCCUCUAUAUGGAAAGGUGCCAGAGUUACCCCUCUCUUCAAAGGUGGAGACCCAUCUGCCAUGAAUAAUUAUCGGUCAGUUUCUAUUAUUUGUACCAUCGCUAAAAUCUUUGAGAAACUUAUUUUCAAGCAAUUAUCACAAUACAUCAAUUUAUUCAACAUUUUAUCUCCAUUCCAAUCAGGUUUAGACCUAAUUAUUCCACCACCAUGGCUCUUCUAAGAUUUACUAAUGAUGUGUCCUCAACCUUUGAUAAAGGCCAACUGAUAGGUGCAAUUUGUAUGGCUCUUUCCAAGGCUUUUGAUAUGGUUGAUCACUACCUCCUACUUGAUAAGCUCUAUUCUAUUGGUUUAAAUCAAAAUGCUCUCCUCUGGUUUAAUGCCCAUCUUCAUAAUAGAUGUCAGUGUGUUGUCUUUCAAGGUUCUCAGUCAGACUAUUUAAUUUUUGAAAAGGUUGUUCCACAAGGUUCUCUUUAUCAACGACCUACCUCAAAUAUGCUCAAAUUGUCUUGUUCAUCUUUAUGCUGAUGACACUGUUAUUUAGAUUUCUAACUCUGAUAUAUUACAAAUUCAGAAUUCUUUACAGUUCGAUUUUAAUUUGGUCCAAAACUGGUUUCAUAACAACAAACUUGCAUUGAAUAAAAGGAAGUCCUGCAGCAUGGUGUUUGGUACGCGACACAAUCGUUCAUAUUACUUGGAUUUGCAUAAUCAUUUUGUUGAUGGGUCACCCCUUGAGAAAGUUGAUUUAUUCAAAUAUCUUGGACUUUGGAUUGACCAUGAACUCUCCUUCAAGCCCCACAUUGAUUUUAUAAAAAGAGCAUGUGGUUGUCUGAGUUCACUUUUUCGUUCAAUUAAUUGUUUUACAUUUCAAGUCAGAAAAAUAAAAAUUUCUCAGUUGAUACUACCUAUUAUUGAUUAUGCUGACAUUGUCUAUCAAAACACCUCUGACACUUAUCUUAGGCCCCUUAAUGUUGUAUAUAAUUCUCUUUGUAGAUUUGUCUUGAGGUGUCCAUAUAGAACUCACCAUUGUUCCAUUUAUGAAUCAAUUAAUUGGUUGCAGCUGAAAUCUAGAAGGUAAUUUCACUGGGUUCAGUUUAUUUUCAAAUGAGUUUAUUUUAAUUGUCCUUCCUAUUUGAAACAGUUUUUGGUUCCAUGAAGAUCUUCAUAUUCACUCAGACAUAUGCAACAUCCCUUUUUAUUUGUCCUGAGAAUUUUCAAAGAAGUUGGACGCAGGUCAUUCCAAUACAAAGCUCCAUCAGACUGGAAUAAUCUUCCACUUUUUCUGAGAUCUAUUACCUCUUUCCGUUGCUUCAGGACAUCUUUAUUUUCUUAUCUUAAAACAACCUGUUCAUAUUUUUAAUUUGUGUGUACUUAUAAUUCUCAGUUUAUUUGUGCUACAUAUAAACUGAAGACAAAUUGUUGCAAUUGUUCUUAAUGCUGAUGUAAUUGAUUUAAAUCAAUUGUAUCAAAUCUUUCUUGUAUAACAGCUGAGGGCUGGGGGUCUGGGUGGGAGAUGUUGAGCAAGAUGUCUGUAUCUGUGUAUUUGGAGUGUAUGUUUGUAAUGUAAUGCUGUUUUGUCUGUAUGUGUUUUUGUAUUUGUGUCUAUAGGACCCCCUCAAAAAUGAGAUGCUACAUCUCAAGUGGCUAUCCUAUCCUUUCAAUAAAUUCAAGUAACCCGUUCACAAACUGAUGGCAGAGGCUAUCAGUGCCAACUUUGCCCAUCAGGAUUUAAUCUAAAUACUCAUUCACACACCGGUGGCUAUGCCUUCGGGAGCAAUUUGGGGUUAAGUGUCUUGCUAAAGGACACAACGACAUGUGACCGGAGCAGCCGGGGAUUGAACCACAGUAUGUACCUCAAAACUGUAUUUAGGUACUUAAGUAAAUCUAAUAAAUUGCUUUCCACCUUUCUACAACAAAA